CAAGCAACCACUGUACAGUAAACCCGUGUCAGAAUGGUGGACAGUGUGUCAAUGUGCAACGUGGGUUUGCAUGUGUGUGUGCUGAAGGUUACAGUGGUGACACAUGCGAGCGAGCACAGUGCACAAGUAACCCUUGCCAGAACGGAGGCACAUGUGAGAAUGGUGGGAGAAAUUUUGUUUGUCGUUGUCCACCAGGCUUUGCUGGCAAGGACUGUAGCAGAA